CUGUCUCUGGGCACUUUAUACUGUUCAAAUUCGAUACUUUGCUGUUGUUACUAAGAACGAGGCCCUUUGGUUCAAAGAGAGAGAAAGAGAAAGCUUUGCUUCUCUCUCUCUCUCUUCAUGUCUGCCGCAUUGUCUUGUUCUACUUCAGAAUCUCAUCUCACUUCCACGCAUUAAAGCGUUGUCUCUCUUUCUCUCUCUUUCUCAUUCCAGUCGUUGUGCUUUCAUAUUCUUCUGCGCUUCUUUUGCUUCUCUGAGCCUCAACACUUAACCAUAGAGAGAGUGUGUGUGUAUACAUAGCACAACAAGACCAAAACAAGAAAACCCAUUUGUUGUUUGCUCUCCUUUCAAUAUUUGGAGCUUUUUUUUUUAAUUGUUUCUGAAAGUUUAAGGAGCUAUUGGGAAAACACAAUGAACUGAACUUGUUCAUAGUCUAGAGCUCCUCAGAGUGAAAACCCAGAAAUUGGGGAAGGGGAGAGUAUCUUUGGCUGAUACUGGUUAAAAAACCAGAAGCCCAAGAAUUGCAGAGAAUAAUACUGCAGAGCUGUAUGAAGUAAUAGUGAAACAAUGAGAGAUGAGAAUUCCAAGAAAAGCAAGCUCUCAUGGUCAAAGAAAAUGGUCAGAAAGUGGUUCAAUAUCAAGAGCAAAACUGAGGACUUUCAGGCAGAUGAUGUUGUUUCUGGAGGAGGUGAUCAGGUCGAAUACAGGACUAGCUUCUCAGAGAGGGAACCGUGCACAAUUAAGAAAAGCAAGACAGAGAAAUUUAGCAAGAACCCAGAGCAGGUCCGUCGACGAAAAAUGAAUCUUGACCAUCCUCGAAUCAUAGAUGUAGAAAACCAUAGCAUUUUCGUUGCUACAUGGAAUGUGGCUGGAAGAUCUCCACCAAGUAAUUUAAAACUAGAUGAGUGGCUUCAUGCCUCACCUCCUGCAGACAUUUAUGUUCUUGGAUUUCAAGAGAUAGUUCCCCUAAAUGCUGGUAAUGUUCUGGGAGCAGAAGACAAUGGCCCUGCCAAGAAAUGGCUGGCUCUCAUUCGAAAGACUUUAAACAAUCUUCCCGGUACCAGCGGUGGUAGUGGGUGCUAUACACCUUCUCCCAUCCCUCAUCCAAUUGUAGAACUACAUGCAGAUUUUGAAGGAUCAAGUAGGCAGAAGAGCUCUUCUUUCUUUCAACGCCGAUCAUUCCAGGCGACCCAAAGCUGGAGAACGGAGAAUGACCCUUCAAUCUCACAACCUCGACUUGAUCGAAGGUUCAGUGUUUGUGAUCGGGUGAUCUUUGGUCACAGGCCAAGUGACUAUGAUCCCAGUUUCAGAUGGGGUCAUAGGCCCAGUGACUAUUCAAGGCCAAGUGACUACUCAAGGCCAAGUGACUACUCAAGGCCGAGUGACUAUUCCAGGUGGGCUUCGUCUGAUGAUGAUAAUGGACCAGGUGAUUCACCAAGUACUGUUUUAUUCUCACCAAUGUCCUAUGGUGGAUCUGCAUCCAAUGAAAAUGGAUAUAGAAUGCCAGGAGGGCAUUCAAGGUACAACUUAGUUGCAAGCAAGCAAAUGGUUGGCAUCUUUCUUACAGUAUGGGUCAGGAGUGAACUGAGGGAUUAUGUUCAAAACAUGAAAGUAUCAUGUGUUGGAAGAGGAUUGAUGGGUUAUCUUGGGAAUAAGGGAUCCAUCUCAGUAAGCAUGUCUUUGCACGAUACAACCUUUUGCUUUGUUUGUACUCAUUUAACAUCGGGACAGAAGGAGGGUGAUGAACUAAGAAGGAAUUCAGAUGUCAUGGAAAUCCUUCGGAAGACCAGGUUUCCACGGGUUAAUGGCUCCCGCGCGCUGAAAUCCCCAGAAACAAUCCUGGAGCAUGAUCGAGUUAUAUGGCUUGGGGAUUUGAAUUAUCGAAUUUCCCUCUCUUACCGCUCUGCUAAAGCAUUAGUUGAGAUGCAAAAUUGGAGGGCCUUGUUAGAGAAUGACCAGUUACGGUUAGAGCAGAAACGUGGUCGUGUCUUUGCUGGCUGGAAUGAGGGGAAGAUUUAUUUUCCACCAACUUACAAGUAUUCAACUAACUCAGACAGAUACGCAGGGGAUGAUAUGCACCCAAAGGAGAAACGUCGAACACCUGCUUGGUGUGAUCGAAUAUUGUGGUAUGGUGAAGGUCUCCAACAAUUAUCUUAUGUCCGUGGGGAAUCUAGGUUCUCAGAUCACAGACCAGUUUAUGGGGUAUUUUGGGCUGAGGUUGAGUCAAGCCAGAGCCGGUUGAAGAAAAGCACGAGUUAUUCUAGUUCCAGGAUUGAAGUGGAGGAGCUUCUUCCAUAUUCUCAUGGAUAUACUGAGCUAAACUUUUUCUGAAGGAUGAGAGAACAAUGAUGACCCACACCGGUCCUGCAUUCAAUUGCAGGCGGGAAUCACUUUGAAGAACUAAUCUUGAAGGGUGAUGGAGACUUCUCCUAGCCCACAAAUCGAAAAAGGUGUUAAUUUUGCAAUUUUGGUCAGUUUAACUCUAUACAUCAACAACAAGUUGUACAGUAACAACAGUUGAUUAGCAGUAAGAAACAGUUUCAGCAGUCAGAACACUGCAUUAUUUGGUCACUCAAUUAACAGAUACCUACCCCACUGCCAACUCAAGCAUUUCGUCUUCUGCACAAUUAUUAGGAUAAUCUCAGCCAACCAGAACUAGCCAAGUGGGAAGAUGAAGGAUUUUUUUAUUCAUGAUUCUUUAUGUAUUUAGGAAUUAGAAAUAUAUAUGAUGAGUGAAUGAAAGUGAAAGGGUCAAAAUAAUCAUUUUCUUACAUCCUUUUUGUAUUAAAUGCAAAAGAAGAAGUAAAAGAUUUGAUGGAGGCCUGUUGAG